AUGGCACAACAAGAACACAAUAUUCAAUCUAAAAUACAAAAUGGAGCUGAAGAGGGCUUGAGUAUAAAAUAUUUUGAAGAUAAAGGACGAGGAAUGAUUACAACGCAGUCAUUCCUCCGAGGAGAAUUUGUGGUUGAAUAUGCUGGUGAACUGAUUGAUUGGAAGUCUGCCGAGAAACGUGAAAUAGAAUUGUUUGAGGCCGUGAAUGAUGCGUCAGGUGCAGACGCAACAAUUGCAUUUGAUCCUCAGAUCGGCUGGUACAUGUACUAUUUCAAGCACCAUGAACGUAAAUAUUGUGUCGAUGCUACAACGGAGAGCGGAAAAUUGGGAAGACUUAUCAAUCAUUCUUGUAAAGAGAAUUUAAAAGCUCGAGUGAUUAAUAGUCAUUCCAUCCCACAUUUAGUAUUAUUUGCUACAAGAGAAAUCGCGGCUGGACAGGAACUCACUUUUGACUAUGGUGAACGUCGUAAAGGAGUCAUUGACAAUCACCCUUGGCUUAGAGAUAUAGUAAUCCUCAAUAAUCUGCUCCCAAUUAAGGAUAUCCAACUCUGA